AUGUCAAACUCCCGCGCUGCAUCCUCAAUGGGCGCGUCGCGUUCUGUCGGCGCCGGCGCGUCAACAUCGGCCGCUGCCCGCAAGUCCUAUUUUGAGCAGCAGCGCGAGCUUCUCAUGGGCGAGAUUGCCAUGUCGUUUGAGCAGGUCCUCGCAAACAUCAACAAACUCAACCGGUCGCUCGAGGCCGUGGUGACGGUCGGAAACGAGUUCUCGGCAGUCGAGGCAUUGUGGUCGCAGUUUGAGAGCGUCAUGGCCAAGGACCCAGAACCAGCGGCUGGCGGCGAGGCCGACGAACAGGGCCACGGAGACGGACACGAGCACGAGCACGACCAGCAAGAUGCGGAGGCCGAAGAGAAUCACAACAACCAAAGCGGUGACGACGAAGGGGAGGCUGCGACACAAUUGCACGACGAGGAGGCGUCAGGCGGCCGAGGACGCACACGAGAAGACGAUGUGAACUUUGACUAUUAG